ACAGCCCGCCCCGCCCAGCUCCGCGCCUCGCCGGAGCUGGCCUCCCCAGGGACGGCACGCAGCCUUCCCGGCUGGCCCACUGGAGCCUGGCGGCGCAGAGGCGCGGGUCUCGCCAGCCUGAGUGAAUCCUGGGAGACACGAGGGGCGGCUGCCGCAGGAGGGAACUGGUCCAGGUUGGUGAAUGGGGAGGUUGGAGAGGCGAGGUGGGUAACCAGCCCUGGAGUCCAUCAGGAUGGAGUGAGCCAGGAGAGGGAGACAGACGACACCAACACCAAGGGACUCCCAACAUCUGGCCUGAAGAAUUUCCCCCAUCUCACUACACGUAGCGGAUUUUGGACUCAGAGAAGACAUCUCCCAGCUCCCUUGCCUGAGUGUUGGCAUGACACUCCAACCCCUUCUCCAGGAGAUGCAGUCCCUGGGAGCCCUACUGGCCGGCAGAGCCAUGCUUCACAACUCCAGCCACAGGGAGGGCAUGCUCCAUGUGGAUAAGACCCGGAGGGUGCAGGACAGGGACAGGGAAGAGGUAUGGGUAGGGGGAGCUCUGGCCCCCAAUACCUCCUCCCCAUUCCCUCCUGAGCCUCCAGGGGCCUCAGGCAGCAUUAUCCCUGUCUACUGUGCCCUCCUGGCCACGGUGGUCCUUGGUCUGCUCGCCUACGUGGCCUUCAAGUGCUGGCGCUCACAUAAACAAAGACAGCAGCUGGCCAAAGCUCGGACUGCAGAGCUGGGGGCCCUCGACAGGGACCAGAGGCAUGGGGACAGCGUUGUCUUCCUGGACAAUCCCCAGCUGCCCGGGAGCCAGGGGCCACAUCCUGAACUUGGCUGCCGGCUCUACCUUCAUCUCCCUCGGCAGCAGCAAGAGGAAGUGGAACGGCUCCUGGAAGUGUCCGGCGAACCUGACAAGGGCUGGCAGGGCCUGGCCAGCCGCCUGGGCUACCACGCGGAUGCUGUGGAGAUCAUGGCCCAGGGCCAGGUGCCAGCCCACACCCUACUGAGGGACUGGGCCGUCAAAGAAGGCAGCGGGGCCACCCUCAGGGUGCUGGAGGAUGCCCUGGCCGCCCUGGGCCGUGAAGAUGUGGUCCGGCUUCUGAACUCCCCAGCUGAGGGCUGCUCUGUGGUGUAAGCGAUGCCACCACAGCCUGGCCUCUCAGGGAACCUGCUUUGGUGCUCCCCCCCCCCCCCACUCCACAUACGCUUUUCCUUCCUCGAGCUUCCGGCAUUGGUGGCUUCAGCCUGCUCGGGUAGGAGGGAACAGAAGACCCGGCCACCACUCACCUCCCCUUGUCCUACCUUCCUCCAGGACAGGGACCAGGACAUGGGGGACUUAGCAGGGAGGAGUGGCCCUGCCCUCAUCCUCCCCGCUCCAUCUCCUCUUAUUUAGCCUCAGCUGGUUUUUCUACUUUUGUAUCUCCUAUUAAAGGCAACUUUGGACUACU